GCGACUGCAGUUUUGAAAAAGCCGUUGUGUUGACAUGGAGCUGAUUAAACAAAGGUGUCUGAACUACUUGUGCGAACAUGAGUAUCAGACAGAUUGAUCGUCGCUGUUUGAUGUAAUAAUGUCGUGCGAAGAGUAAAGCUCGUGCCUGGUCCGUGAAACUGUUGAUCUCUGCAGACAUGAGGAGAAAGACAAGUCGUUUGCGGCUCAGUCCCAAUGAAGAGGCUCAACUGGUGAAAGAAGAGCUGGACAGGAGGAGAAAACUCCGAUUACAGCAGGUUCGCGAGCAGCAGCGUUAUAUCGCUCAGCAGGUGCGCAGGGAGGUGCAGGAGAGGAGAGAGAAGCAGCUACAGAUCAUUGCUGACACACUGCAGGAUGAAUGGCAGCAGGAGAGAAAUGACAAACUACAGACCAUAGCCAGAGCCUACGAGGACAGCCUACAGUCUGUCGGCAACGCCCACCGCAGCGCACAGGAGAACCAGCCUGAUUUAGAGGCUUUGGCUCGGAGGAGUGUGGAGAGACAGGACCGUGCAGCAGACAGACACAGGGAGGCGCUCCGAGAGCUCACUGCCCGUCGACAUGAGGAGGAGGAGCAGCGCCAGCGACACGUUGAAGCUCGGAGAAAAGCUCUUUUAGAGGAAAAGAAGAGGGCUUCAAGAGUAGCCAGUCUGCCGCCGCCUCCUCCAAACCCUCUGGAGAGCAUCGGGAUGAAGACGUGUCCUCCGCUCAAGUCAGGACCUGCAGAACGUUUCUCUGUCACACACCAUCACAUGUCAGAAACAGCCGUGGACCGAGAGACUGACACCCAACAGAUGGAUGCUCGACAGGCCGCAGAGGAGGAGUUCCAGCGUUUGGAGGAGGUAAAGCGGCUGGAGGCUCGUGAUAGGCAGGAGAAACUGGAGAAGGCACGACUUCGAGGAAACCACGCCCUCAGGAACGAACAGCACACACAGGACCGUGCGCGGUUACUCUGUGAACUGGAGCGUCUCCAGCAGGCUGAUUUACUGCGCCGCAGACAGGCAGUAAACCGCAUCCCAGCGCAGAUCUUUCAGCCUCUCUACAGACAGCAAGAGCUCAGAGAUGAACAGCAGCGGGAUCUUGAGAUUGCCUUUCAUGACAUGUACACUGAGGAGCACAAAGUCACAGGUGAUCUGGAGCUUCAGCUGGUCCCUGAACCUCUUCCUCAUUCAUCUGCUGGUAGUCAUGAUGAGGACCUGGAUGUGACCGUUGACCCUGAAGGGGAGGAGCCUGAUACAGUCACUGAAACACUAGAAUCCUCUGUACCAUCAAGAGACCCUGGUAGACAAGCUCUGAGAAAACUUCUUGACCGCAUCAGGAAUCAAAGAGAUCGGGUCCAAGAGCAACAGACCGCUGUGGAAGAAACUUCAAGUGAAGAUGUUGUUACAGAUGGUUUGAGUAUUGAAACAGGAUCUUUAAACAGCCAGGAAAGAGAGCAAGCAGGCAGUGUAGAGGAGCAGACGUCCACCGUAACCGAAAGCGAGGAGGGUCCUGAGGUCAGCGAUGAACCCAUAGUAGCAGGAACGAUACCCAUGCCUGAGGAAGAAGCCCAUGUUACGCCCGUGUCUGCAGAGAGCGAGAGGAUAACCCAGCAAACAGAUGAGUUGACGCUCUUGAGACGACAGCGGGAGCAGCUGAUGCUUCUAGAAGAAAUAGAGGAGAAACGGCGAGAGCUCGAGCAGCGCUUAAAAGAUGCUCAGCAAGCGAGACAGACACUGGAAGACGCUGCACAGAUGCAUUCUGGGAUUGAGGAGACCAACACACUUCCUGAGCCAGCUCCAGAGGUUACAGUGGGAGACACACACACAGAGAGACUCCGUCAGUACCAACAGCGACUCCUGGAGCAAGACAGGCGUCAUAAGAAGUGUGUUGAUGAUGCUCGACGCCGACUGGAGGAAUAUCAACAUACUCUGAGAUUACGAUCCACCAUCGGUAUUGACACAUUACAGGCGUCUUCUGUUUGCCCUCUACGUCUGCCCAACAUCAGAAUACCUGAUCACCAGUCAGUCCUCACCCACCCUGGUGACGACAUCAGCCCGGAGGAACAGCACAAAAGAGAUGUUGUGCCAGUUCAGUUACAGACCUCUCUCUUCAGCCCCUCUAAACCUGUAUCAUCUGAUACAAGUAGUCCAUCAGUCAUGCAGUCUGUACGUGAAGUGUCUGUACAAUGUCCUGAAGUUGACCACGCUGAAGAGACAUCACCGAACACUCAUGUAGAAGAUCAGCUUUGCGUAUCUGAACAUGAGCAGGUUCCUCUUCCUCCCCCCUCAGUUAUUCUAGAGCUUCUGCGAAGCCGGCAGCAACGAGCAGUCGUGAAGUCCGCAGAGAUCUGCAACCAGGUCAUGCCGUUUUCUCAUCCCAGCAGCGCAGUCCAGACACCAGCGCAGCCAGAGAUGCUCCAGAGAGAGGCGGAGCCAGACCAGUCGUCUGUGGAGACUGAUAGACAGCAUGUGGUGAGACAGCACUUGAGGAGAACACACAUGCAGGAUCGUGUGAUGAACUCUAGUGCCCUUCAAACCGAUCAUCUCAGUUUAAUGAACACACUGCUGAAAGCCAUUGAGGAGACCAGCGGUCACACCAAACCCCCAGCAGCACAGAGCAACACAGCCACUCCACUGACUCUCUCAAACGACUGCAUGUAUGAGCAUGCCCCAGUGAAUCGUGGGAAAGCAAAGCCUCCGGUGACUCGGCCACCUGCCCGUCUGGCUUUCCUCCAGCAGAUGGAGUCACACGAACUCAGUGCUAUACAGGAAGUGGACACUCCUGUCAAUGUCAGCCUCGAUGCAGCAGAUCUCAGUGAGUCCAGCAGUGCGUCUCUGCCAGCUGUCAUUUCUGAUGGCAGUCGUAGCGAGAGUGAGGGGUCAAGGGUCACUGGCAGAAUCAGCCGAAUGUCAUGGAGAGAAGCUCUUAUGAUUGACUCUGCCACCUCACGAACAAGUGCUUCCAGCAUAAGCCUGCAGCCGGAGUUUGAAGUGGAUGUGCCACCCGGUCAAUCAUCUGUUGAUCCAGACUGUCUCUCAUCCACUACUAUAUCAACAGGAAGCUACUCUACUAGUGAGCAUGAACCCAACUGCACUAUUACAGACACUUCUCUUUCCCGUAUUGAGCCUGUUGGCACGGAGAGCUCAGUCUCUGGGACAUCGCCCAAGUCCGGUUCAUAUCAUCCGACUAGUGGUAACCAAUUGCAUGAAAUGAGGGAUUCGAUACAGCAGAUCAUAGAUAAAUACACACAAGAUCUGGACAAUUCACUGAGAACAGGAAGUGUGCACACAGGUGGCAACACUAGUUCUGAAUCUUACACCUGGUCCAGUAUCCUUCAAAAGAGUGAAACGCAUAAUGAAGAGCACAUGAGCUCACUGAACUCUGCUGUACACCUCUCCAACACUGAGCUCACAGGUGACUUCCUGCCCCUGCAACCCCAUCCAGACAUUGACUCCUCAUCCUCAUCGUCUUCAUCUAGAAAUGUAGAGCGAGAUUAUCAAAGUAGCAGAAUGCAGGGGUGGAGCGAGACUGUAAACCGAAUCGUUGAACGCUUCUCCAAUCAGUUAUCCAUCAGACGAGCUGAUCAAGGUCAGGUGUCCCCACUAAACCAGCUGAUUGGAAAGCAGGUUUCUAAUACAAGCCACCUGAUUGGUCGCAUCACAAAAGAGUCAUCACAGUCGUCUUCCGUGCAGCAGAAUUCAGUUGAUCCUCAAAGCAGCGUCAGUGAAAUCUCUCAUAACUCGGCCUCUCCUCAAGCGGAUAAAAGCAACGACUCGAAUUCAGUCAUCAAUGGUCAGACUGGCUCUCAAGGGCAAUUCGGUUCAAGCCAGCUGAUUGGUAGAGCAUCAGAUAUCGAUUCAUCUCAGGUACUCGAUGACAGCAGUGCCGUUGCCGAUGGAUUAAGGGAAAUGACUUGUAUCACAGUAGGUGGAGGAUGUCCAAUGGAUUGCGAAACUGGGCCAUUAGUUCAUCUGUCUGCAUCAGAGAUCAUAUCACCUGUCCAACAGCGCUCAGUGGAGGAUGGAAACGCCUUCACUGAUGGACCACAUGAUGAUACUUCAGAUUGCUUUCUUUCUCUGCCCACUGAGGUCACACAAAAUGAAAGUAUGGAACGUUCGCUGGCCGCUCACAUCCCUCUCGAAGCCGAAAUGUGUCGUACGAAUUUGAGCAUCCAACCACCUGAUACUUCUGCUUUUGAUUGGCUGGAGCCAACAGAUGCUUCUCUAGCAUCAUUCGGUUUAGACUCCUCAUCACAUCAUCAGUUCAGGGCAGAUACACAGAUUCAGUCCAAGUCAGACUUGCAGAUAUCAAUGGAUCAGCUCUGUUUAACUCACGAGUCCCUCUGUGAAACCGAUAUAGUGCCUCCUCCCACUGCUACAGAUGUUAGCCGUAUGAAAUACUCUCCUCCCGCAACCCCUGUACAUGAUAAAAGCUGUGACCUCGUGCCACAGAAUGAGGGUCUAAAGCCACACUUGAUCAGCACUGAGACAUCCCAGCAUCAGCCUGUUAAAGAUAACACGCUGGACACGUUAUUGGAAAGAGCACAGGAGCUGGGUGAUGGUAAGGGCAUUCUUGAAGAAUCUACAAUCUCAUUCAUCAGUCUACCAGAGUCAACAACACUACAAGAUCCUGACAUCACUGAAACUGAAGAUAAUGCAAACAGAGCGACUGAGCCAUCACAAGAGAAAGAAAUAAAGAGGAAAUAUGAUGAUGAUGAUGAUGAUGAUGACAGUCAGAGCAAAGUGUCGGUUUGUGUAAAGGAGGACAGCAGUCGAUCAGAAUGUCCUGAGAUAUCAUCCUUUCCUCAGACAGUAAUGAUGCUGGAGUGUCAGACUUCAUCUGCUCAACAGCAGGAGGCGUUACGACGACGACAUUGUCUCGCCCAGCGGUCUGCUCUCAGAGCUGCAGAGGUCAAAGCUAAAAGAGCAGAGAUGAGGAAAGUCGUUCAGAAUGUAUCUAAAGCCACUUCGUCUUCAGGAUACACCGUACAGAAAUCAGAAAUGGUUUGUAGAUUAAAGACUGUGGCUGAGGUCAAGAUAUGCACACCUGGACAGAAAUCCUUGGAGGAGGGAGAGAUGUACCAGCGUACUCAAAGGUUGUACAAGCGGUUAGAAGAAGUCAAACAAAAGGAGGAGUAUUACAACCGUCAAAAGGCUUAUGCCAAAAACCGUGAGAAGGCCAAAGAGUUUCAGAGGAAGACGCUGGAAAAGCUGAGGGCUAAACAAAAAAGUUGAAGUUCCUUUCUUUUAAACAUAUGUUGUUUUGUCUAUUUAAUGUUCAAACUGACAAGCACUUUUAUUUUGUAUGUAUUUGCUAUUUUAUGUAUAUUUGUGUAUUUUAAGUAAAGUUUUAUUUUCAUCAGUAGAAUUGCCUGUGUGGACAU